ACACUAAUACCCACAAAUCAAAACACGAUCCGCUUCAAGUUUUCUCUCGGUUGGAGAAAAAGAAAGAAGAGUUUGACAUGGAGAGUACAAGUCACAGAGGAUGACAAACUUUUGACUGACAUAUGUUUUCAGGAAUGUGUUUUUCUCCAUCAUGUCCAGAUGAUGAUGGCCACACUGCAGCUGAAACUUUUCAAAAGUGCUGGAGAAAGGAUUUCUCAUGUAAGAGACAGCAGACCAGGAUCUCUGUACAAGUCUGAUCGAUUCAUUAGUUAAGACAUAUGUACAUUUCUAUAUUCAUUAUCUGCACGUGCGCUUGUAUGUGCUAACACUUACUGGAUUUUAACCUAAACCAUUCAGAAGAUUCAAAACUUCUACUAAACCUUAUUCCUAACCUGUCAGAUUGGCUUUACUGGCGUUGUGAAGGACAGAAAAUCCGGCAUAAGUAUUGAAUAUAUCGGACAUCAUGCAGAAGUUGAAUUCGGUAAACAGUAACGCGGAGCUCCAGCAGCGGCUGGCGGAUCACGGCGGAUCCGGAGACACAGCGAGGGAAAACGGCACGAAACACAUCCUCAGUCCCGCGGAACCUGUGGAUACGGUUCACUGCUCCAGCAGAAAGAUGCUGGUCGGGCUGGACAUCCUCUGUCUGCUCGUGGCCUCCAUUCCGUUCUUCGCCUGUGAGCUCAAAGCAGUGACACCAUACGUGAGGGGCUUCUUCUGUGGGGACUCCAGCAUCACCUACCCUUACAUAGAAGAUGAGGCCAUUCCUGAUAGCGUGCUUAUAGCCGGGGGCAUCAUAAUUACAGGACUUACGAUUGCUGUCGGAGAGUGCUACCGGGUACGAUUCAGAAGUGUGCACUCACGAGCAUUUGUGAGCAACCGCUACGUGUCCUGUCUGUACAAGGAGCUGGGCAGCUUCCUGUUUGGCUGCUGCGUGGGGCAAUCCUUGACCAACAUGGCGAAGCUGAGUGUGGGCCGACUCCGUCCCCACUUCUUAACGGCGUGCAAUGUGACCUAUGCUUCACUCAACUGCGUACCUGGAACCUACAUUUCAGAUGUCGUCUGCAGGAACAAGCCCAAGAUAGUGGAGGAGGCCAGAAAGUCCUUCUUCUCAGGCCAUGCAUCUUUCGCCAUGUACACCAUGCUUUACCUGGCAUUCUACCUGCAGGCGCGGCUGUCAUGGCGAGGGGCGCGACUCCUGCGACCGUUGCUGCAGUUCUUGUUGGUGAUGUUAGCAGUGUACACAGGACUCAGUCGCAUUUCCGACUACCGCCAUCACCCCACUGAUGUCCUGACCGGCUUCCUGCAGGGAGGACUGACCGCUUACUGGGUGGCCUUUUAUAUCUCAUCCAUGUUUAAGAUGUCUCGUCCAGACAUGUCUCCCACAAGCUUGUCUCUGGAAAGUCCCCUGUCCAGCCAGCAAACCGUCUGCUAACAGACCUGCACAUAGAGACAUCUGCGAGAGAUUGAUAGUGAAAGCAGAAGUGAUCGAGUGAAUAACGGGAAUUGGACAAAGAACUUUGGAGCAUGUUCAAAUCCUCACAGAGAACCAUUUCCCGCCCACCCUGAAAGAAGAACAGUUAUAUACACGUCUAACCCUUCAACAAACCCGUCCGCAUUGUAUCAACCCUCCAUAGAUAAAUGAUAUUUUUAUAUAUAAAAAAGUUUAUCCUUUAUAUUUUUGAAAUAUGUUCUAGUUGAAGCUGCUAAUAAUUGUUGUAUUAUAAUUUGUCACCUGUAGUCCAGGCUCAGAGAUUCACACAGUGAUUAAAGAUAAUAACCCAUAUGUAACUCUCAACAUGGAAAGCUUUUCGGCUCAUGUUGAAUGUUAGAGGCCAGGUCUAAUGAACUUCCAUUGGACAAAAAUGGACAAAUCACAACAAUCCUUGGGCCUCACACAAUAGCAUGUUUGCUAUUGGACCUGGCUAGACCACUGUUCUGGUGCGUUGUUGCACAAUCAUAGCGGUGCCGAUUGUAGACACCCUCUGUUUAUAAAAGCACAGAUCUGAUGCUAAUGCUAUUAAGCUUGUGUUGUAUUAAGGUGGGCUAAACUCCGUGUUUGUACUAACCACUUUCACUGCAUGAGUGAGACUGAAAGGAGGUUUGAGCCGACAACCUCCUCACCCCCCUCCGCAUAAUGAGGGCUUGAAUUACGCCCAAAUGCUCAGCGGAUGGGGGGGUCUAUACCUGUGUACCCUUUACUACUCAUAGCACUUGAAUUACACUAUGGAAUUGUCUAAUUACUAUAGAUAAUAUUUUAUAUUUUGUCUCCUUUAAUCAGUGUUCUACUUCCUUCCUGCAGUCAGUGCCAUUUGUUUGUGUUUUUGUGUGCCCCCUCCCUCCCCCAUUAUAAUUAUUCAGAAUGAAUGUAAAUAAAUCAUUUUAUAAACGAUCCAGAUUUUCAGAAGUAUUAGCAUCACUUUUAUAAGUUCUUGUUUUACGUGUUUAUAUAUGUUUUUAUCGUUCGUGUUGAUCAGGUACUCAGAGUUAUUGUUGCUAAUUGUUAAAGAGACUAGUGACUGAGCCAGAGAUUGUCAGAAAGCUAUAUUCUACUUAUCUAGUUUCAUUUCAUUUGUUGGUUUUCUCUGUGAAAGGCCUGUGAGGCUGAAAUAACCACUGUAUUAAUAAACCAAACCAAUAAAAUGAAUGUUCAAUCUUUGUAACUCA